AUGCGCGUUACCACGGAGACAGGCGGGCCUCGGGAAAGGCGGAAGUCGGUUGUGGAACAAGCGCCGGCCUGGAACGAGGAGAAGGUACGGGGCAAAGAGAGGGAGCGGGGCGAGGAGAGGUCUCGCGGCGAGGGGAAGGCCAGUGCUGAGGAGAGAUCCCGAGGCGAAGAGAGGGUCUCUAACGAGAAGGGGUGGGGCAAGGAGGGGAAGCAGAGCCAGGAGCAAGCCCCAGGCAAGAAACAGCGGAGGGGCCCGGAGAAGGGGCGGGGCGUGGAGAAGGUCCCGGACCAUGACCCGGAGAGGGUCGAGACCAGGUAUAGGACCCGGUUCCCGGGCAUGGCCCGAGCGAGGAGAAAGGGACGGUACGAAGAGAAGUGGAGGGGCGGGGCAGUAAGUUCUAGCCACGUUGUGCGCUGCCGAGUCAUGUCCCCUGCGGGCCCUGCGUGGCUGAGAGUCCGAGUCCUCUGGGCGCUGUGGGCACUGCUAGCGGUGCUUUUGGCGCCGUGGAGGCUGUGGGCGGUCGAGGAUGUCCAGGAGUGCACCUGGCAGGUUGUCCUGAACAAGUUUGAGACGAUAGGCAAGAACGGCGCCAGCGACCGCUUCUUUGAUCAAGAGCCCCAGGACACAGUGGGCAACGUGUUCAGCAUGCUGGUGGACGCGCCCAUUGACCCGGGCGAGAGAUACCUGGGCUUCCCUUACUACCUGAAGAUCAACUACUCCUGCGAGGGACAGCCCUCUGAGGACCUGAUUCGCAAGGGCCAUCUGACAGGGCUAAAGCCCAUGGUGAUAGUCACCUUCCAGUCCCCAGUCAACUUCUACCUCUGGAAGAUAGAGCAGCUGCAGAUCCAGAUGGAGGCAGCCCCUUUCCGCAGCAAAGAGUUGUGCAUCGCAGAGGAGGUGUGUGUCAUGAGCUGGUACACGCCCAUGCCCAUCAAGAAUGGCAGCGUGGUCAUGCAUGUGGAUGUCAGAAGCAAUGGCCUAGGGCCCUUCAUCCGAAAUAAAAGGUUCCACAUGAAUAUCAACGGCUUCCUGAAGAGAAACCCAAACCGCAACACAAUCCAGUUCACUGUGGGAGAAGAGCUCUUCAACCUGAUGCCCCAGUACUUUGUGAAUGCCCCAUCAAGGCCCCUGUGGCACACUGUGAACCAGGCACCUGUGCUCAUCCUGGGUGGCAUUCCUAAUGAGAAGUUCAUCCUGCUGACUGACACCAACUUCAAUGACUUCUCUCUAGUGGAGCUGAGCAUUGACAGUUGCUGGGGAGGCUCCUUCUACUGUCCCAAAGCUGCCUUCACAGCCACCAUCUAUGAUGCCAUCGCCACCGAGAGUACCCUCUUCAUUCGGCAGAACCAGCUCGUCUACUAUUUUACAGGCACCUAUAUCACACUCCAUGAGAGCAACCAUGGCAGUGGCAGGUGGGUUCGUGUCCUGGCCAAUGAAUGCAUCAAGAUGCUGUGCCCUGUGCAUUUCCAUGGCAAUGGCUCUGAGUACAUAAUGGCUCUCAACGUUGGCAAGCAGGAGGGUUAUGUCUACCUUGGGACAAUCACAGAUGGCCGCGUGUCCUUUGAGAUGCUGCCCAGGCAUGGGUCUGUGUGCAAAGAGCUACCAGUUGACAGCUGCUCCAUAGUCUGGGCUGAAUUCAUCCCGGACAACUCCCAACUACUACUGCUGGUAGAGAGUGAAUACCCCAAUGCCAAGAAGAAUUUCCAGGUGGUCAGCUACAACCCGGUCAGUGAUGAGCUGAAAAUCCUCUACAACAUCCCAGAAUUCAUCCCUGACGCUCGAGGCUUGGAGUUCCUGAUGAUGCUGGGCACAGAGUCAUACACCAACUUCCCAAUGGUACCCAAGGGCAUGUUAUAUAAUCCGUACAACAACAUGCUGUUCAUCUGGGGCAACUUCCUCCUGCAGAGCUUUAAUGAGGAAACCUUCUUCUACCUGGCAGACUUCCCCAAGGAGUUGUCCAUCAAAUAUCUGGUCAACUCGUUCCGUGGGGACAUGGCUAUUGUCACAGAGACCGAGGAGAUCUGGUACUUGGUGGAGGGCAGCUACCAGGUGCACAGGCUGUUCCCGUCCAGGGGCUGGGAGGUACAUGUCAGCCUGCAGGGGAUGCAUCAGUCCUCUCUCUAUGCCCCCAAUGAGACCAUGGUGACCCUCUUCUAUGAAGACAACAGGCUGUACCAGCUGGUGUACCUUAUAAAUGGCCAGCAGGGCCGGCUAGUCAAGAGGCAUGUGCCUGUGGAGGAACUUCUGAUGUACCAGCAGCACAACAGCCGCUACCACGUGGAACAACGAGGGGGCCACCGGGUGCUCUCCUUCCCCAACCUCUGCCCCUUCACGGUGAUAAGCCUGCGGAAGCUGCCCAACCCGCAGAGAUACACGCGCCAGGAGCGAUACCGGGCGCGGCCGCCGCUGGUCUUGGAGCGCUCGGGCUUCCACCACGAGAACUCGCUCGCUGUCUACCAGGGCCUCGUCUACUACCUGCUCUGGCUGCACUCCAAGUACGACAAGCCGUACGCUGAUCCGGUGCACGACCCCACGUGGCGCUGGUGGAAGAACAAUAAACAGGACGAGGAUUACUAUUUCUACCUGGCGAGCAACUGGCGGAGUGCGGGUGGCGUGCACAUCGAUAUGGCCAGCUAUGAAAAGAUCUACGAUCUCAAGCCCGACCACGAACUACCCGAGCGCAUUUUCCUGGACAAGGGCGCCAGUUACAGAUUCUCCAUCUUCGUGACGGCGCAGGGCCACUCGUUCAGGCUGCAGACAAAUCUCGGAAACGCCUACCAGCUGAGGAGCCAGGUGGACCUGGGCGUGGUGCUGGCCGAUCCCGACUGCUUGGAGGCGGUGGUGAGGCAGGAGAUCCUUAUUAAUCGCAACUCCGUGCUGUUUUCGAUUAUACUCCGGGAUAAACGCCUUUGCUAUGACCAGGGCCUUAGUGGACAUCACCUCAUGAAGUCUUCCAUGAUGAUCAAGGUAGUGGGUUCUUCUGGGCACUGCAUCCAGAACACUCACCGGGGAGCCCGCAUGCAAGGCAACAUGAUGGUGCCAGUGUUUAUCGGCUGCCCCCCUGGCAAGCGCCUGGCCUUUGACAUCACCUACACGCUGCAGUACAACCGCCAGCAGAACAAACACUACUUCGACUGCAUACAUGUUGACCCCGAGAUGCCCUGCUUUCUCUUCCGUGAUCUUUUCUACCCCUUCUUCUUGAUUCAAGAUUUGGUGACGGGAGACUCCGGCAGUUUUCAGGGCAGCUACGUGCUGAAGGUGGUGGGCGGCGGGCGCACACUGGACAGCAUCAGGGCCUACAGCGAAGAGGAAAUCUACCACUUCAACAGCCCCCUGGACAAGACCAACAGCCUCAUCUGGAAAACGAGUACCGCAGAGACCACUAAGGACUCGGCCUUCCACAUCAUGUCUCACGAGAGCUCGGGCAUCGAGUGGCUGUGUCUGGAGAACUCUCCAUGUUAUGACGCUGUUCCCCAGAGCAUCUUCGCCCCUGAAUUCUUCUUCAAGGUGCUGGUGAGCAAUAGGGAUGUGGACAAGAGCACAUACUGCAACUACGAGCUCACCUUUUUGCUGCACAUCCAUGGGCUCCCACUCAGUGCCAGGCGGGCCCUCUUCAUCGUCAUUGUGUCGGCCAGUGUGUCUGUGGGCCUAGUGACCCUGUACAUCGUCUUCUGCCUCCUGUGGCCCAUAAUGGUGAAGGCUUACAACAUCCUCCGCUGGAAGAUCAACAACCUCGUCAUCUCAGAUUCCUACUCCACCUACCUCACUCCUUCUGGAGUCUUCAGCAUGCCCUCUCAAAGAAGUUUCAGAAUCAACUCCAAGGAGGCAGAGAACGGGGCUGAACCCAAGGAAAUCUUGGAGAAGCCGCUGACCUGAGCCUCUUGCCUGCCCCAACCCCCGCCCACCUUCCCACCUCUUCUACUAGGCCUGCCUUGGAAAUGCAUCCUGUCACCCAUCCCAGGCCUUUCUGUUUUGCUUGAAUGUUCAUUUCUUGUUCAUGCCUAAAUAAAACCUC